CUCUCUCUCUGUCGGGCUGACGUGCUCCAUAUUGUAGAGCGAUGUAAAAUCCCAAGCGAUCACGGGACGUUCCUUGAACGAAACCACAGAGGUCGCUCCAUAAAAGCUGCGUAGAGCAAGCGACACGGGCUCAUAAACCAACGCGCUGGAGAGCGGGAACAAGCUUGCAAAUCCACGGCCACACAAGGUGACAACCGGAGUCGCAGCAAAUCAACAGUAAUGUAUCCGAAGGUGGAAUGGUUAGCGUGCUUCCUGAUGCUCUCGGCAGCGGGCCCAUCUGAUGGAACCCGCAAGCAUUGUGCAGAACCCUCUGAGGAGAGGUUAUCAAACAAACUGGACCAUUGGGCGGCCCAAGGAUUCGAAACCAGUGGAAGGGAAUUCAUUCCCGGCAAAAGAUUCAAUUCAUCCUACAGCCUCACGCAGCAGAUUGGAGAAAGAAGCACUUCUCCGUGGUCUUACAGAAUUAAUACGGACAGAGCACGUUACCCAAGGAAGCUAAUGGAAGCAUACUGUCUCCACAAGGGCUGCUUUGGAACCGAUGGGAAGAUCGAUGAUCGGCUGUUGAGUGUUCCAUAUCACAUGCCUGUCUUGGUGCUGAGGAGGAACUCGUGGUGCAAGCACAAAACCUUUGUGUACAAAAAGGCUGUGGAAAAGAUCUCGUUGUACUGUGUCUGUGUGAUGUCCAAGGUGAACAAAUCUUAAAGACAAGGUCCAAGAUCCCAGUAGAAAGAAUGUAGCCCUCAAUUUAAGAUUCAUGGAGAAAAUAAUACAUUUCUAUCGAACAGUCAUAAAAAUGUGAAAUAUUUUAACUGUUUUCUACCGGCCCCAUUUGCUCAUAUCAUCCCUCGAUGACCGAACGGCAAAUUAAAUUGUAAAUGGGAACCUCCCCAUUGCAAUAGAGCAACACUUCACCAACCUGUAGGUUGGACGUGGUGGAAGCUUUGAUCCUGCUCUCUCUUGUCACGUGUGUACAGUGGACUCUCUGGAAGGAUAAAUGCCUAAAGACUGGCAGGGGCUCAAAAAUUCUAUUGCUCAGCACAUUUGUGUUCCCCGCAAUAGAAUUUUAUGGGCCUGUCCCACUUGCGCGACUUUUUAGGCGACUGCCGGCACCCGUCAUAGGUCGUUGCAGGUUGCCGAAAAUGUUCAACAUGUUGAUAAUCCAGUUGCGACCAGAACAUGGUGCGACUCUUUGGGCGGCUACUCACGACCAUACAGGCUUCACCCCGCGACAUGUCGCCAGGGUGUCGCAUGUGUGGUCGUGAGUAUUUCCUCAGUCGCCCAAAGAGUCGUAACGUCUUUCUGGUCACCGCUGGAUUUUCAGCAUGUUGAACAUUUUCGGCGACCUGCAACGACCUUUGGCGGGUGCCGGCGGUCGCUGAAAAAGUCGAGUAAGUGGGACGGGUCCAUAACCGUAACCUGUCGCUUUACUUUGUGAGAAGCCAAGUUUGUUUCUGGGCCCCAGACAGGUAUGAACAUAGUGGCCUUGGAUGAGCACAUUCCAGGCAAUGGCCGUCUCAGUAGGCCAUUAAAGCAAUCGUGAAGCCUGUCUAGGCAACUCCUAAAGGGCACCCAUCCUUUCCACUAGUUGCCCGUGGAGCUUUGUACCUGGAGCAGACUGUAGGCAGGUGUCCUUUAUCAACUUGCAUGUUAUUGCAGGCCUGCUUUCCUUCCCUCCAUGUUGUAUCCUGACCCAUUUGGAAACCUAUACCUUCCUCCCACCACCGCGUUCCCCCCCCCCCCCCAUUUGAUUUGCGCCACCUUGGCUUUGAUUUUGUAUAUACAGGCACUCCCCACUUGCAUAAGAGUUACAUUCUGCGAACCCUUAUGCAAGUCAUUUUUUACAUGUUAGAACCGCCAUCCCCCAACCCCAGCCUGAAAUAACUCACCGGGAGUGUUAUCUGUCUCAGCGGCGUUCAGGGCACUAUCAGCGGCGCACCCCCUUCUGGCUCGGCACCUCCGCCAUUGCCUGGCUUGUUUCUGAGGUAAACUUGAUUGAGCGGACAGUGUUGGGGAAAUUACAAACUGCCUUGAUUCCACACGUCAGCUCUCUGUCAGCUCUCCACUGUGCAAGCCCCCACCACUUGCAAGUUGUAAUCUAUCUAAUUUCCACUCGCUGUGAUGGUGGAAGGCCCACGUGAAAAUGCAUGAGUCCCAUCUUAUUGUGCAUCGCACCCAAGCCCUUGCGCACAGCGGAAUCUUGUAGCAGUAGGCUCUCGCAUUAUACCAGGCAUUGACAGCGCCCAUAGUCAGGAUCUAAUCCAGGUCUAUGACAAUGUAAGGCAGCAACUCUACCGCUGCGCAACUGUCACCCUUGCUAGUUGACCAAGCAAGAAUCUCAUUGUAUGGGACAUAUGACCAUAAAACACUAUUGACCAGCUCUGCAGAUCAUUGACCUGUUAGUGGACAAGCCCAGCUUCUCUGUUGCCUUGCUAACCCCCUGUGCCUAAAACUAACCAACAUUAAUCAGUACAAAGCUGAAAUUCUAAGCCACAAAUGCGCCAUGCCCUUUGUUAUGAUAUGGUAUCCAGCCAGGCAUAAACCUGUUUGCAUUGCUUGAAUUCUCAACUGGUGGCACCUUAAUUGUCUGAAUUAGGAGGUUUGGGUUUAAGAUUGUCACCUGUACCAAGGCACAGUGAAAAGCUUUGUUUUGCAUGCCUUAUUUAUCCAAACAGAUCAGAAACAUCACACAUAGUUACAAUCAGUUGAACCUCUCGUACAAUAGAUAGAACAAUGAGGAAGAUAAGAGUGCAGGCUUUUAGUCGGGACUGGAGCUGUUUGAGAUGUAGAUACUGAAAGCACAGAGUAGAGUUUCCUCCACUCCCUAAAUAUUUGAUGUUAAAGAUUUGACUCACUUCCAAGCUCGUGGCUUUGGAUAAAGUGGAAUCAGACUUGCCUCUUUAAGCUAUCAUUAAAUCAGCACUGUAAUUACAUUUCUUCAUGUGGAAGCUGAUGGUGUAAUCAGCAGAUCGUCUUUGCUGCUGCUAAAGUGAACCGACUGAACUGUCCUCUCACCAACUAGCGAGCGGUCCCGACCUCCCACCUACCUCAUUGGAGACCCUCGAGCUACCUUUACUGGUCUUUACGUUGCACUAAACGUUAUAGCCUGUAUCCUGUAUCUCUACAGUUAGAAGAAGGGUCCUGACCCGAAUAGUCACCCAUCCUUUUUCUCCAGUAUGAAGAAGGGUCCCAACCCUAAUAAACUAAACCAAAAUCAAGACAGAUCAGAUAUAUUCUACAUGAGUACCAUCAAGUCGAACUCAAGUACGAUAGGUAGAGCAAAGGGGAAGAUACAGAGUGCAGAAUAUAGAUCUCAGCAUUGUAGCGCAUCAGUUCUAUAGACAAAGUCUAAUGUCUGCAAUGGGUAGAGGUGAAUCGGACAUCACCCUAGCUUAUGGAAGGACCAUUCACAAGCCUGAAGCGUGCAACAAAAAUGCUUUUCCCUGUACCUCGGUACAAGUGACAAUGAUAAACUAAGCUAAAUUAAUCGUACUUAAAGAUUUAUUUCCUUCCACUACAGUUUAGCAGAAGAUCGGUGACAAUCUUAUUGGUUUCCCUGCAGAAACUUGGGUUGAAUUCCACCUCAACCUGUCCAAUGGAAAACCACUCGGGUGUAACACCUAUUAUAACACCCGCACACGAUCUUGCUCCCCCAUUGAAGUUAAUUGAGGGGAUAUGAAACUUGCACCAUUUCGCAAAGUCGUUUACCUGACCUGUUAGGUUAACAUUACCACCUGCCCCCCCCCCCACUCCACUCCACCUUGCGCAACCAGAGUAGACAGCCACUGGUGCCAGAUUUCUGCUGAAGUUAAGAUAAUCACUUCGGAGAAACUUACUCACAACUCUUUAAAAUGGGAUUAAGAUUCAGCUGAGCGUUCACAGAAAUAGUUGUUUUCCACCUAUCUUCGUCAACUCUACUGGGAAAGAAAACACAUUAAUCUCCAAAUAUCUCAGCAUAAGCCGUGCAAAGAAUGUUGUUUAUUACAUUCUGAGUUGUUCUUUCAGCUGAAAAUAAACUUUGGCAAUUUGCUUUCAGCAGUUGUUAAAAAAGUGAGUCAAGGGUGAAUGCCUGAAGAAGGGUCUCGAUACCCAUUCCUUAUCUCAAGAGCCGCCGAGUUACUCCAGCAUAUUAUGUACAUCUUCAGUGUAAACCAGUCUGCAGUUCCUUUCUAUGCAUUAUAACUAAGCAAUGUCUGGUUUGUUAUUUCCUGGACAAUCCCCUGUUGUUCUUGCUGCUCGGGUUUAGACUGCUAUCUGUGCAGAAUGAGGUUGAGAAUUUAAGAACAUUUACUUUCAAUAUCUUUGCAAUGUUUUCUACCAUUCAUAUAAAAUGUAAUUUUUUGUAAUGCUUUUUUGUGAGAAAAAUCUUGUGAAAUUACAGUAAUAAACAAAAGACUGUGCUCAUAA